CUUCUCAACUUACAAUGUUGUAGUGUAUUUUGAAGCAGUAUAAUUAAUAAAUCAAUUAUUAUUAUAAGUGCAUUUUGUGUGCAUAAAUAAUAAUUGUAAUAAAUAAGGCAUAAUCAUGCCUGGGCAAGAUGCAGUGGUGGUACAAUUACCGCCCAGCGAAAUAGAAGAUACUGCACCUUCAUCACAGCCCAUCGUCGGCAUAAUCUAUCCUCCUCCGGAGGUUAGAAAUAUUGUGGACAAAACUGCAAGUUUUGUUGCCAGAAAUGGCCCUGAGUUUGAGUCAAGGAUUCGACAAAAUGAAUUGGGAAAUGCUAAAUUUAAUUUCUUGAAUUUUGGCGAUCCUUAUCAUGCGUAUUAUCAGCACAAAGUCAAAGAAUUCAAAGAGGGAAAAGGACAAGAGCCAACCCUCGGAACAGCUAAAGGAGUUAAUCUUUCUGCUCACCAAAAACAACAAGAAAUUCUUAAACAAGUUGAGCAGCCUUUCGUUCCUAAAGAUCCUCCAGCUGAAUUUGAAUUCAUUGCUGAUCCUCCAUCGAUAUCAGCACUUGACUUGGAUAUUGUCAAGUUGACUGCUCAGUUUGUAGCCAGAAAUGGUCGGCAAUUUUUAACGAAUUUGAUGAAUCGUGAACAGCGUAAUUUUCAAUUUGAUUUCCUACGGCCACAACAUUCUUUGUUUCAAUACUUUACCAAAUUGUUGGAGCAAUAUACAAAAGUAUUAAUUCCACCAAAAGAUUUAUUGCCAAGGCUGCGAGAAGAAGCUUAUGAUAUGGAUAAAAUUUUAGAACAAGUUAAAUAUCGAGCUGAAUGGUUAAAGUAUCAAGAAGCUCAACGUCGUAAAGAAGAAGAAGAAUUGGAACGUGAGCGCGUUGCUUAUGCACAAAUUGAUUGGCAUGAUUUUGUAGUCGUCGAAACAGUUGAUUAUCAACAAUUUGAAGUAGGGAACUUCCCUGCACCAACUACACCAGACGAAGUUGGAGCACGUGUCUUAAUGCAGGAGCGUAUUGAAGAAGGUGAAGAUGUUGAAAUGCAAAUCGAAAGCGAUGGUGAUGAUGAAAUGCCAACUCGACAUGAAUUCGACAAAGAACGAACCGCUAAAGAUAAUAAUCAAGUACAAGAUAUGGAAGAAGAUUCAAGUGAUGAUGAUGCUAAUACAGAGGAAAUGAUGCAAACAGAUGCUCAAAAGUCUAAAGAUGCUAAAGGUCUACGUGAUGUCAUGCAACCACCGCCAUUACCACCAACUCCCGGAAAUGUUGUUGUUAAGAAAGGCUAUGAUCCUAAACAGCAUAAUAUUAAGACAACACGGCCAGCGGCACCAGAUGAGUAUUUGAUAUCACCAAUUACUGGAGAAAAGAUUCCUGCUAGCAAAGUUCAGGAGCACAUGAGGAUUGGACUUCUUGAUCCUCGAUGGGUUGAGCAAAGGGAUAAACACCUUGAUAAAUUGGCACAAGAGACAGUAUUUGCACCAGGAACUGCAAUUGAAGCUAGUUUGAAACAACUAGCAGAGCGGCGUACUGAUAUUUUCGGUGUUGGAGAUGAAGAAACAGCUAUUGGUAAAAAAAUUGGUGAAGAAGAUAAGAAAAAGGAUGAUAAGGUUACAUGGGAUGGUCACACAUCAAGCGUAGAAGCUGCUACGAGAGCAGCAAGAGCUAAUAUCACUCUUGAAGAGCAGAUUCAUCAAAUUCACAAGGUUAAAGGAUUGCUCCCAGAUGAAGAGAAAGAAAAGAUUGGACCAAAACCUGUUACAAGUCGUGCUGCUGAGUUGACGCAUAUGGCAGCAGUGGCUGCUAAACCACAGGCUACACUCAAAGCCCCUCCAAAACCUCCUGCACCUAAACCAAUUCCUGUACCAACUCAACCUCCACCACCACAAAUGGCAAUGCCUCCUACAAUGGCAGCUAUGCCACAGCCUCCUAUGGCUAUGCCACAACCACCUCCGAUGAUGAUGAUGGCUCCAAUGCCGCCUAUUAGACCUCCGCCAUUAAUGACUCCAACAAUGUCACCAUUUAUGCCAGCACCACCAACCAUGCAACCACCAAUGCCAGCUCCAAUGGCUAUGAAGCAUCCAGCUGAAGUCCCAAUGGAAGAAGAACCUCAAACUAAAAAAUUGCGAACAGAAGAUUCUCUUAUUCCAGAGCAACAAUUCCUCGCUAGAAAUAAAGGACCUGUUCAAUUGAACAUUGCAGUUCCAUUGAUGACUGAAAAAGCUGAAUGGAAAUUGACUGGUCAAACUUUGGCUAUAACAUUGCAACCUAAUGAAACUGUAGCAACUAUUAAAGCACGAAUUCAUGAACAAACUGGCAUGCCACCAGGCAAACAGAAGUUACAAUUCGAGGGAAUGUUCUUCAAAGAUAACAAUACCCUAGCGUAUUAUAAUUUAGUGUCUGGUAACGUAAUAAAUCUUUUACCAAAAGAAAGAGGUGGACGAAAAAAAUAAGGUAUGUUACUCCUACUUUAAUCAAUUGAAAUAUUUUGAAUGAUAAAUUAUAAUUGGCAAAAUAAUACAAUGGAAUUAAUUAAAAUAAUGUGAAUAAAAUGAAGGAAACAUAAAUCAAUAAUCAAACGAUAUCAUAACAUUGGAAAUUCAUAAAAUUCUUUUAUUAUUUCAAUGAUACAAAUAUCAUAUAAAAUUUUCCUACCAUAAGAUAUGUUAUCGUUCAGCUUUGGAUCACAAUACAAAAGUCUUUUUUCGUUAAGCAUUUGUUUAAAGAAUAUAUAAUAAAUUCUUUAACAUAAAUAAAUAAAUUUAGCUAUCAUCAUUUUGCUUCAGUAGUUGUGCGACAAUUUUUCGAUAACGUGCCAACAUCGGCCGAUAUAUCUACAAAAAAAGUUAGAUAUGAUUAAAAAAAAAUUAUAGAAUGCCAAUAACAACUUAGUAAUAAUCUAUUUAAAAACUUACUGAUUCAGCAUCACUGAACGGUUUACAGGCAAGUUUAGGCUCUGGAAUGAUACUUGUUAUUUCUUCAAAAUUAUUAUUUUCUCGAUGGAGGGCAUGCUUGGCUUGAUAUGCUGCUCCCAAUAAAGCAGAAUUUGUCAUUUCCUAAACAACGGUUUAUAUUUUAUAAAUAGUGAACAAAUAAGUAAAUUAAUGAAUCAUGAAAGUGAGUUAUAUAAUAAAUUUGUUAACAUACAAAAGUGUAAACUGGUGCAUUGAAUACAUCAGAUAGAACUUGAAGAACAGUUUUAUUUGAUGAUGUUCCACCAGUAGCAAUGAUACGAGUGUUUGACCCUGUAAUCAAAUCUUUUACUAAUUUUCUGGAAAACAAUGUAUUGAUAUUAUUUUUAUUAAAUUUUUUUUUACAAACCAACAACAAA